UUCAGACUUUUAAAACCAUAUCAGACCUAAAGUCUUGUACUUUUGUAAUAGGCCUACAUUAUAUGUAAAAUAAUUCAGGAAGUUAGUUAACAUUAAUUUAUCAUAUUUUUUUCACAUAUUUAAAUGUGGUUAUCACCUUAAUAUGUAAUGUUUAGCAAACACAAAAUCAAUCAAUCAAUCAAUCAAUCAGUCUUGUGCAUUUUAAAUCGCUUCAACCACCCAUUACAACUGACUUGUCUCAAAAGUUAUAUGAAGUGUCAUUGACUCGAUGAGGUAAUUUGGAUGAUUCAGCGGCAGAACUUUGCAACUUUAAUAAUAAUUAUAAUAUAAUUCAGUUGUUAUUUGUUGCCAUUUGUCAUUUAUCGUUUGCAACGUGUUAUUGUUUACAGUAUUUUCUGUCCGUAAUUUCUGCACCAACGAAUGUUGGUGUGGAUCACACAGACUCAGCGGUGUGGACAUAAACCAAUCACAAAGCGAGAACUUCUCAAGCGAGGCGCACCAGCGCGUGAAUGUGGGUCAUUCCACGCGCUCAGCACCGGGAACGGACGCAGGUUUCCCAACUUGCCAACAUGGGACAGAGCCGGAUAUCGGACAGGUCAUUUCCAAAGAAUAUCCUAAAACAAGGCAAAUGGCCAUUAUGAAGAGCUUUGGUGAUAUGCGAUAUUAACGGACAUGUUCUUAGAGAUGGAGAACGGCACAAACCACACGCAGGACCGCGCGCACGGAGCGCAGGAGCAAGAGGAUGGGGACGGGCAGAACAGCGUGCGAGCUUUGCUGGGUUUCGUGCUCUUCCUCCUCAUCGUCUCCACACUGCUCGGGAACACGCUCGUGUGCGCCGCCGUGGUCAAAUUCAGGCACCUGCGCUCCAAAGUGACCAACUUUUUCGUUAUUUCUCUAGCGGUUUCGGAUCUCUUCGUGGCCGUUCUGGUGAUGCCGUGGGAGGCGAUAUCCGCGGUGGCGGGCACGUGGCUCUUCGGCCGGUUUUGCGCCAUCUGGAUCGCCUUUGACAUCAUGUGCUCCACCGCGUCCAUCCUCAACCUGUGCAUCAUCAGCGUGGACCGCUACUGGGCCAUCGCGAGCCCGUUCCGAUACGAGCGCAAGAUGACCCACCGGGUGGCUUUCAUGAUGAUCGGGGUGGCGUGGACCUUGUCCAUCCUCAUCUCCUUCAUCCCAGUUCAGCUCAACUGGCACAUGGCUGAGGAAGAUGAGGAGGGCACAGCGGGUAACGGCACCGACUACAGCGACAACUGCAAAGCCAACCUAAACCGGACGUAUGCAAUCUCGUCUUCGCUGAUAAGUUUCUACAUCCCCGUGAUCAUCAUGAUCGCCACGUACACGAGGAUAUUCCGUAUUGCGCAAACACAGAUCCGCAGGAUCUCCUCUUUGGAGAGGGCAGCGGAGCACGCGCAAAACCACCACCAGUCCAACGACUGUUCCAACGAGAACUCACUGAAAACCACUUUCAAGAAAGAGACCAAAGUUUUAAAAACACUCUCGAUCAUCAUGGGGGUCUUUGUGUUCUGCUGGCUGCCGUUUUUCGUGCUCAACUGCAUGGUGCCCUUCUGCCAGUGCGUGAGUGACACUACCUUCACCAUCUUCGUGUGGUUCGGAUGGGCCAAUUCCUCCCUCAAUCCCGUCAUCUACGCGUUUAACGCGGACUUCAGGAAGGCGUUCUCCUCGAUUCUGGGUUGCAAUAAAAUUUUUCCCAGCACAAACGUGGAGACGGUGAAUUUCAGUAACGAGCUGGUGUCUUAUCACCACGACACGACACUUCAGAAGGAAGCGCAGCCGCUGGCCGUCCAGAUCCCGAACCCUCGAGAGGAGCCGGGUCUCCCGUUCGAUAAGGAUUCGGUUACCUCGAACGUGUCCCGGAAUCACAAAAACAUGCACUUGCCCAACAUCGUACAGUUUGAGUGCGACGGGGAGAUUUCCCUGGACACUAUCACACCAUUCACCUCCACGGGACUCAUGGAGUGCGAGGGAAUCCCAGGUCAAAUUAUCACUGAAUGACUCAGGGAGUUUUUUGAGGUUGCCAAGGGUUUUACCGCCCCAAAGAAAGCCAAAACAAGCUGUUGGAGUCUUACAAAGUACAUUGAACAAGUUUAAUUACAUAUCACACAGGAAAAAGCAUUUCAAACAGCUUUUCGGUAACCAAAAAAGCAUUUUAGCCUGCCACAAGACGACGUUUGCUCGAGCGCUUACAGUAUUAAAGGGUACAUCGACAAAAUUGGCUAUAGCCUUCUGUUGUAGUUCAUCGUUUCAUAACACAUUUUUUACAAACAUAAAACAAACUUGGGGACGUUAACAUUUGCUCGAGACAUACCUAGCCCAUGAAUUCUUAAGUGAUCCCCUGAAAGUCACGGCAUAUUCAGCACGCUAAAGGCUUUUAGAGUGAUUUUAUUCACUCUUUGAUUGAACAAACAAACACAGAUAUUGGCUGCUUGUCUGUUUUUGUUUGUUUUAGUUGUUGUUGCUACUGGAAACUUGAAUUUCCCUAGCGGAUGAAUAAAAUCUAUCUAUCUAUUGACGCUGGUGGAAUGAUAAACUCAAAUCCGAAGUGGGUCCCUUAUUGACCUCGGUGGCUUUCUUAAAAGAAAAUACAUAUCCUGUUUCAUCUUUAUUUUAAGCGUAAUUUAAUAAUGCAAAUG